GACAUUCUCCCAGUCAUGGGCUUCCACGCACUUGGGGGCCAGCCCUGUUCUGACUCUGCAGCAAAGUGGGCAGUGUCAGCUGCCCGUCCAGGGCCUGGGUCCAGAUCCCUACAGCAUGACCCAGCAGGACACCCUGCCCACAGCUGUCCUGCCUCCUGAACACACCGUGCCGACAGGCUGUUUUGGUCUUUUCAUAUAUUUGGCCCGUAUUUGUUAGAUGCUUGUUGAAUAGCUGAAAGAAUUACACCUAAGUUAGCAUUUUGUGUUCAACGAAGUCUCAAGGGCAUGUGUCUUCUCUGGCCCCUUCCACGUGCUCUCACCUACCCUCUCUCCAGGGGCUGAACCUGUCCCCCACCCCUACCUCCAGCACCUCCACCUCCAAUCCUCAGGGUAACUGGUUCUUCUUCAUUCACCAGUCUUCAAACCUUUCAGUCUCUGAGAUUUCCUGAGUUCAGCCUGGCGCCCCCUGCACCAGUGGUUGGACCUUCCACCCCUUGAGAUGAUUUGUAAAUGCUUCUCACCCUGGGGCUUGUCUGUUGUAUGAGCAUCUUUAAACUUUGUGUGCUCAUUUUGAUAAUUUGUUUUUGCCCAUUAUGAAAAACAUCUGUGAGAGUAAUGUGCUGUCAGAAGUUGCUUUUUAUAUUUGAAGAGUUGAGUUUUAAGUCAGUGUUUCCAGAGCUGAGGUCCUUUAAAAGAAAGGGGCUGUUUGGCCUUUAUCAGGUUUGCGCCCACCCACCACCCCCAACGUUUCCUGACUUGAGGCUUACACCCGAAGUGGCUGUGAGUGGCUUAAGGCCAACUGCUGCUGGAGUCCCCAGGUGUAGGUUUUGGGAGUCGGGCAGGGGGCGUCUUGCCUCUGCCUGCCAUGGGGGUUGGGAUUUUAGGAUGGCCUCUCUUGGCAGAUGCAGAAGAGCUUGUCCUUAGCUGAGUCCAUCCCAGCAGUUUGGCUGGGAACAGACCUGAGCGCCCAGGAGAAGGGACCACAGUCGUGUGUCCUUUGGGUUCUGUGGGGGCAGGGCUGCCCCACGCCCUUCCCCAGACAGGCUGACGGCCGCAAAGUGCUGCGCUCCAGCAUCCGGGAGUUCCUGUGUAGCGAGGCCAUGUUCCACCUGGGAGUGCCGACCACGCGGGCCGGGGCCUGUGUCACCUCCCAGUCCACCGUCCUGCGGGACGUGUUCUACGAUGGCAACCCGCGUGCUGAGCCAUGUGCCGUGGUGCUGCGCGUGGCCCCCACCUUCCUCAGGUUUGGGUCCUUUGAGAUCUUCAAGCCUGCGGAUGAGCACACGGGGCGGGCGGGCCCCAGCGUAGGCAGGAACGACAUCCGGGCGCAGAUGCUGGACUACGUCAUCGGCACUUUCUACCCCGAGAUCCAGGCUGCUCACGCUGGCGACCGUGUGCAGAGGCAUGUGGCCUUCUUCCGGGAGGUGACACGGCGCACGGCCCGGCUGGUGGCCGAGUGGCAGUGCGUGGGCUUCUGCCACGGCGUGCUCAACACGGACAACAUGAGCGUGGUGGGGCUCACCAUUGACUACGGGCCCUUCGGCUUCCUCGACAGGUACGACCCCGACCACGUGUGCAACGCCUCCGACACUGCUGGGCGCUAUUCAUACAGCAAGCAGCCCGAGGUGUGCAAGUGGAACCUGCAGAAGCUGGCUGAGGCCCUGGACCCUGAGCUGCCCCUGGAGCUGGGCAAGGCCAUCCUGGCGGAGGAGUUCGACACUGAGUUCCGCACACACUACCUGCAGAAGAUGCGCAGGAAGCUGGGCCUCGUGAGGAUGGAGCUGGCGGAGGACGGCGCUUUGGUAGCCAAGCUCCUGGAGACCAUGCACCUGACAGGUGCUGACUUCACAAACUCCUUCUACUUGCUGAGCUCCUUCCCAGCUGGGCCAGAGUCUCCGGACCCGGACGAGUUCCUGGCUGCACUGACCACACAGUGUGCCUCCCUAGAGGAGCUAAGGCUCGCCUUCCGACCCCAGAUGGAUCCCCGGCAGCUCUCCACGAUGCUCGUGCUGGCGCAGUCAAACCCACAGCUCCUGGCGCUCAUCGGCACGCAGGCAAGCCUCACACGGGANNNGGAGCGCAUGGAGCGGCAGUCUCAGCUGGAGCAGCUGAGCCCUGCCGAGCUGCAGGCCAGGAACAGGAGCCGCUGGGCCGGCUGGCUCCAGGAGUACAGAGCCCGGCUGGAGCAGGACAGGAAGUGUGCUGGUGACACUGCUGCCUGGCAGGCUGACCACAUGCGUGUCAUGCACGCCAACAACCCUAAGUACAUCCUGAGGAACUACAUCGCGCAGAACGCCAUUGAGGCUGCAGAGAAUGGGGACUUCUCGGAGGUGCAGCGGGUACUGAAGCUGCUGGAGACCCCGUACCACACAGAGGGGGAGGCUGCUGAGGCACACAAGGCCGUAGAGCCAGAGGAGGCUGGCAGGGAGGCCAGCAGGCGACGCUCCUACAGCAGCAAGCCCCCGCUCUGGGCGGCGGAGCUGUGUGUGACAUGAUCCUCGUAACUGCCGAGGGCCCCAAGGCCCCAGGUCCUGCUGAGUCUGCGAGGGAGCGCCCAGCCCACAGACAGAUGCCCAUCUCUCCAUGACGGCAGAGAUGUCCAGUCAGGACCUGACCCGUCUCUGUCCGACGCGGACUCAGCAGCCCAGCCCAGCCCAGCCCAGCCCAACCCAGGCCAGCCCUGCCCUGCCGCUCCUGUGACCUGUCGCUUUGCCCGAGGACAGCUCAGCAGAGGGGACCAGCCGGGUUGGCACACGACCCCCCACCCAUCCAGCCUAGGCGGGGAGGCAUGGUCCCCAAAUAAACCAGCAGCUUCCUCA